AUGCCCAUUGUUCCUCCUCCGACACCCGCACCCUCCCCGCCACCAGGACAAGCAUCCUUCCAGUCUGUACAUCCUUCAGUCGUCUCUCAUGUCUCUCACUUUGCUGGUCUUUCUCCUGCCUCGCGAAGGCAGCACCUCUACGCGCUAAUCCAAGAAUGCACUCCCUCUGAACUGCUAUUCCUCUCCACCACUAUCGCGCCCCUGCUCAAGCGCGACUUCCUGCGCGCGCUCCCUCCCGAGGUCUCUCUGCAUAUCCUUGGCUUCGUAGACGACCCGCGCACCCUUGCGCGCGCCGCGCGAGUUAGUCGAUAUUGGAACGAGCUGCUCAAGGACGACUACUUAUGGAAGACCCUGUGCAUACGUCACGGGUUCUCGCGCGACGCCGACGCGGUAAAGAGUUUCAAGGCGGAGCAACGCUCGGACGGUGGGAGAAGGCAUUCGAGACAUUUGUCCAUGGAGUCAGACUUUGACACCGUGAGGAGCACACACUCUCUAGCUUCAGGACUUCAACUCUCGCCACCCACCUCUGCCGCGUUCCCAUAUCGGAAAUACUUCAUAUAUGAGCACCUCCGAACAUCGAACUGGCUACAACGGGGGCGACUACUGCGUAUCCACCGCGCCCCACUACAUCCCCCCAUCGCCCAGGACAUGAAUGCCCCCAACAACGGCCAAGGACAAGUCCAGAACCCCGCCAUCCCAACAUCGAUCGCCAUCGACUCCUCAUGGGUCGUCGUCGGCCUUGCCAACAGCCGCAUACACAUAUUCAGCGCGCGCACCGGCGUGCUCUCCCGCACGCUCGUCGGCCACGAGGCUGGGGUGUGGGCCGUAUCCCUCAUCUCCGCGGGCGGAGAGCCCGCGACCGCGGACGUGCCUCUGAGUGCGAACGCGGGCGACUCCCUUGUCGCGGGCGUCCCGCAAGACGCCAUGGUGCCCCCGAUACUGAAAUAUGCGCUGGGGCUCGAUCAAGGCGAGGAUGGUUGGACGUCAUCGCGCGGCGCCAGCCCGGAUCCGUUUGCCGACACCAGAGCGGAGGAGUCGCAUCCAUUUGGCAAGCCAAGCUACCCCGGGGGCGCGUCGGACGGGUGGGGCCAGCCCAACGCGCUGGUCGUCAGCGGCGGCUGCGACAAAGAGCUGCGCGUAUGGGACGUGAAGUCUGGGUAUUGUAUCUACAUCCUUCGCGGGCACACCUCAACGAUCCGCUGCCUCAAAGUCCUCCACGGGCGCCCGAUCGCAGUGUCCGGUUCGCGCGACCGGACGCUGCGCGUGUGGGACGUCCAGCGUGGGCGCCUCUUGCGCGUGCUCGAGGGCCACACGCAGAGCGUGCGCUGCCUGGAUGCGUGCGGUUCGCGCGUCGUCAGCGGGAGCUACGACUGCACGUGUCGCGUGUGGGACGUCGACACCGGCGCGUGCUUGCAUGUCCUCAGGGGGCAUUUCCACCAGAUCUACACGGUCGCGUUCGACGGGGUGCGCAUCGCGAGCGGGGGCCUGGAUACCACUGUGAGGGUGUGGGACGCGUCGACUGGCGCUUGCCUGGCACUCCUUCAAGGGCACACCGCGCUCGUCUGCCAGCUCCAGCUCACGCCAACGAUGCUCGCCACGGGCGGCUCGGACGGGCGCGUGAUCACGUUCUCGCUCAGAGGCGCUGCGUUCUCCGUCGUGCAGCGGCUCGCCGCGCACGACUCGUCCGUCUCCGGCCUCCAGCUCGACGACCGCUUCCUCGUCACCUCCGGCAACGACGGCCGCGUCCGCCUGUACAAGUUCGAGCAGCCCCCGCCCUCGCCUUCCCUCGGUAGUAGGAGUACGGGAGGGGAAGGCGAUCCGCAGUGCAGCUUCGUGCGCGACCUGUGCGAGCCGGGCGAGAGCGUAUGGAAGGUGGCGUACACGCGCGAGACGUGUGCGAUCCUGUGCAAGAAGGCGGGGAAAAUGGUGAUGGAGAUCUGGAGCUUCAAGCCCGAUGUCUGAGCGCGUUCGUGUCCGCGUCGGGUGCUUGGUUCGGUGGGUUUCGAGAAACGCGCCAGAGAUUCGGCUCCGGCUGGCAUCGGAGUCGCGGGUAGACUCGAGAGGUUGUGUUGGUGUUCUGAGUGCUAUGUGCUGUUGGAAGACACGGAUUUGGUUGUUGUUGAUCCGGCCCGCCGUUGUUGGUACGCUCUCAUGAUUGAGUUUUUAUCGUACUUAUCCGCUACCAUACCUCCGCAGGCGCAUCGCGGACUUCUCACUGCUUUUGGGUGGUACUGGGUGUAUGCUAUUAUUUGC